GUCGGCCACUGCUACAGCGGUGAUUUGACCCGGACGUGCAGGGGCCCAGAGCCCGGCCCGCCACUUGCUAGCUAUGGGCCAUCGCCCACCUGUCCUCCCACUCUGUGCCUCCGUGUCUCUGCUGGGUGGCCUGACCUUUGGCUAUGAGCUGGCUGUCAUAUCCGGUGCUCUGCUACCAUUGCAGCUUGACUUUGGGCUGAGUUGCCUGGAACAGGAGCUCGUGGUGGGCAGUCUGCUCUUGGGCGCUCUCCUCGCUUCCCUGGUUGGCGGCUUCCUCAUUGACUGCUAUGGCAGGAGACGAGCCAUCCUGGGGAGCAAUGUGGUGCUGCUCGCUGGCAGCCUGAUUCUGGGUCUGGCCAGCUCCCUGCCCUGGCUGCUCCUGGGCCGCUCAUCCGUCGGCUUCGCCAUCUCAUUGUCCUCCAUGGCUUGCUGUAUCUACGUGUCAGAGUUGGUGGGGCCGAGGCAGCGGGGUGUGCUGGUGUCCCUCUAUGAGGUGGGCAUCACCGUGGGCAUCCUGUUCUCUUACGCCCUCAACUAUAUACUGGCUGGCACCCCAUGGGGCUGGAGGCACAUGUUUGGCUGGGCGGCUGCACCUGCUCUGCUGCAGUCUCUCAGCCUCCUUUUCCUUCCUGCUGGAACAGAGGGCACAGCAACCCACCAAGACCUCAUCCCGCUCCAGGGAAGGGAGGCCAGCAAACUGGGCCUAGGGAAGCCACGGUACACCUUUCUGGACCUUUUCAGGGCCCGGGACAGCAUGCAGAGCCGGACUGUGGUGGGGCUGGGGCUGGUGCUCUUCCAGCAACUAACGGGACAGCCCAACGUGUUAUAUUACGCCUCCACCAUCUUCCGCUCUGUUGGCUUCCAAGGGGGCUCCUCAGCUGUGCUGGCUUCCGUGGGGCUGGGGACUGUGAAGGUGGCCGCCACCCUGACUGCCACGGGGCUGGUGGACCGUGCGGGCCGCAGGGCCCUUCUGCUUUCUGGAUGUGCUCUCAUGGCCUUGUCUGUCAGUGGCAUAGGCCUGGUCAGCUUUGCUGUGUCCCUGGACUCGGGCCCUAGCUGCCUGGCCACAUCCAACACCAGCCAGCGGAUGGACCUGCCUCGCAGCUCGGGUCUGCUUGUGCAUUCACCUCCACCACCAGGGCUAGGAACCAGUGGGGGCCAAGGGCAACCGGUCCUGCCAAUCACUGAGAGAACGGAGCCCCAUCCAGUCACCACAGUGUCCUUGGGGCCAGCCCUGAAUACUGCCUCUCCAGGUCCCCCGGGCCCCAUCCUGGAGCACACCCUGCUAUGCUGGUCUGCGCUGGUUUGCAUGAUGGUCUAUGUGAGUGCCUUCUCCUUUGGAUUUGGACCAGUAACUUGGCUAGUCCUCAGUGAGAUCUACCCUGUGGAGAUCCGAGGGAGGGCCUUCGCCUUCUGCAACAGCUUCAACUGGGCAGCCAACCUUUUCAUCAGCCUCUCCUUCCUUGACCUCAUUGGUGCCAUCGGCUUGGCCUGGACCUUCCUGCUCUAUGGGCUGACUGCUGUCCUCGGCCUGGCUUUCGUCUACUUACUUGUUCCUGAAACGAAAGGACAGUCAUUGGCUGAGGUAGAGCAGCAGUUUCGGACGAGCAGGUUCCCUCUGAGCUUUGGCCACAGGCAGAACCCCAGCGGUAUCCAGUACCAGCGCCUGGAGGUCUCCUCAGCCUCCUGAGGGAUUCAUUUGCUUGGAAGACGCUGGGACACUGGUUUCAGGAGUCCAUCUCGAUCCAGAUUUUCUUCUGUAGUGACCCCUGCCCCAGAGGUUGCUAGGUUGAGAGAUGAACCCCAAACUCUUCAUUUUGAAUGUGAGACUCCAAGGGUUCUGGAAGGUCUAGCUCCAUACCUCAGUUUCCCCAAAGAGUUGGCUUAUCUGCAAUGUUUAUGACGAUAGCCUUUGUGGUGUCUACACCACGGUGCUUCUCAAUUAACCUGGGAAAGAGGUAUCUCCUGCCACCAUCCCAGACCGGCAGAGGCUGAGAGUCUCUGCCUACCUUGUCCACUUGCCAGGGCCUUAGUGGUCGGGAGCCUGUUUUUGCCACCUGCUUCCUCUUGCCCAGGGUAUUUUUUGGGUGUUGGGACUCUGGCUGGGGACAGAGGAACAUAAGCAGUCAGCAAGGGCCCUGUCAAGUGGCUCUGGGGACGGAAGCUUAUUUAGCAGAGAGUGUACCUUGAGGCACCCUGAAAUGCAAGAGCUGGGCCCCAACAUGUGACAAGUGCUAGGAACCCAACAGCUCCCAGGGUACAGCAGGGGGCUAUGAAGGAAGGACUCACCCAGGUGUUGGUGGUGUGGCUUCUACUUUGGGUGCUACUGACUUCCUCAAGCUUCAAUUUAUUUAUCUGCAGAACUGGCCCAGCUGUGCCCCCCAGGAUAGACUGACUUCCUCCUUCUCUCUCCGGAGGGUCUUCAGUGAGCCCUCAGGGGCCUUCUGACGCUUCCUUUGGGGCAUUGUCAGGGGUCAGUCAGCUGGAGACAAGCAACUGGCUGGCUCAGGUCAGAGGUCACAUAAAGAGGACAUCGAUAGGACAGAGUUCCCAGACACUGGGUAGCUGGCCUCACUGGUGCUGCCAGCCACACCCUUCUGGUUUUCAAGCCUGGCCCGGUAACCUUUCUCUGUUUCUAGAUAUUUCAUUUGUAGCCAGUGGCAUGCUGGAUUCCGUGUGUGCUGGCUCCCCAGGGCCGACUGCCACAGAGUCUAGAUUUCUGCAGACUGGUUGCUAAGCCCUGCCUUUAUUUUUAAACAAAAAAGUCUUAAUUUGUAAUAAAAUUAAUACAAUUAUAAUAGCCAAGACUCAAAUAUCAUCACCUUCCUCAGGGUGUGGUGGCGCGCGCCUGUAAUCUCAGCACUGCUGAGACUAGAGGAUUGGUAGUUGCCCAACUAAAUAAAUAGGUAAAUACACAAACCAAACUUGUGUCACCAUAUCCUAACUUCUCUGCUGCGCUGCCCCCUCCUCCUCUGUGCUGCUGGAUGGCGCUGAACCAUCCUCAUGGGGCCUGAUGGAGCUGGAGGAAAGUACCGGCCGUUGUACUGGUUCUGCAUUCAAUGUCAUCAAAACAAACCGAAAAAAGCAUCUUUGCAUUCCAGAGGUUAGGAAGCACUGUAGACCAGGGCUUGGUUCAUUGGUUGGUUGAUUUUUCUGGAAUUGAGAACUGCUGGGUCAAGGGUCAAUUACACAAGUGAAACUCAAAGGUGCCUCCUGUGUGUAACGUUGUACACAGCACAGCAAACGGGUCGUGUGUGACAAUUCCUCCACUCUGGUCAGUUCAGCAGAUGCUUGCUGGUGCCCUGGGUGGAGGGACAGGGGGAGGGGCUCUUGAAGUAGGAGUUUCUUUGAAGACUCACUUGAGUCCAUGUGGUGAUCUGCUAGAAGCUGGCUUGUGAGAGGGCACAUGAUGUUUUUCUGUGAGCUCUCUGGUGCAAGGGGUAUGACUCUGGCCAGCUAAGAACAUUCGUGGGUGGACUCUGAGGAGAGGAGAUAUAUAGAAGCCCACGGACAGAAAAACAUCACUUUUUGGAUCAACAUCACUGCACUGAUCUUCAUGCUUUGACCCUUGACUACACAGAGAAAAACGUCCCCGAAAUCUCUGGCAAUCCAACCGAGUCUUGUGGCUUUCUCUGACUCGUCCCGAUCUUCUGGAUCAGGCUGAUUCGCGCUGCUGCUUCAUGUUGGCCUUUGGACUGGACGGCUGGUAUCCAGACAACGAAGAGCGGACUCAUCCCAAAGAACUACUUCUAAAAAGGUCUACAACCCCUUUAACUAAUAACCUUCUUUCUCCCCUACCUCAGGUCAGUGGGUGGAAGGGAGGAAGCAGCAUUUAGGAACCCUAAACAAAGCAGGUUUGGUGAAAAAUCUAAGCCAGAAAGCUCUGAUAUACAUCUCACCUUCUGGAAUGUGUGUCUCUUAUCUAGCCCCAACUGGCACCCCAACUGCUUCCAGAAUGCUCUUUAAAUGAAAUGUCUUUUCCACACAAAUGCCUACGUUUUAAAAAUUGUAUUUUGAA